AUGUGCCCUAAUUCAAACAGGCAAGAUGCCUCUGUCACAAGCGCUGGCAACAACACCAAUGAUCAAGGGACUACCGGCAGGGCAGCUAGUGCUGGGGAGAAACUUAAUGAUCUCGAGGAAAUUUGUGCUGGCAAGGAGCAAGGUACCGGCAAAGAACAUGGUUCUGGCAACGCCCAUGGGUUUAUUAAUGAACAUGACAAACGGUCCACCAGACCCAAGCACGACGAGCAAGCGGAGUCGCAUGGGCUCUUUACGAGUGGAGAGCUUGCAGAGGCCCUCAGAGUGUUGUUCAACAAGGGCAAGAUAGACAUUUUUCGAUGUUCAUUAACGUCCGGCAAGCUUGAUCAAGUGAUUCAAACGCUACUCUUCACCUACGACUUGACCUCCCCUUUGAACAUGGACUACAUUGACACACCCACAGGCAAGAUCCCACGCCACUACGAGCUUGAAAUGCUUUUGAAACAAUGGUGCGCCAAGGCAGAGUUUGGAUUUUGGAAUUAUUAUUAUCCCAAUUACAUUGCCUAUCAAAGCAAAUACGACAAUGGUAACUUUGGAGGUGAGUUGGAGACAGUAGGUGAUGGCGGCAAGGAUGAUGCUGGUUUUUGA